GCGAACUGCUCUGCUGCAAAUCUUCUCUCAACUUUCUUCUUCACCUCACCGCUUCUGUGCCCUUCCCCUCUCUCUACCUUUAUCUCUCCUAUUUCUGUUUCCCCCUCAAUCAAGUUGACUGUAUGCCUAAUUGCAUAAAAAGAUACCAGUAUUGAUUUGACAAGCAAGAAAUGUCGGAUUUGGGGGAAGAAUUUAUCAUAGAAGGCUACAAAGUUGCGUGGCUGAUUUGGAUCCAACUUGUAGUCAUGUUUCUUCUCAUCAUUCUCCUCUUCUUUGGCUUCAGCGCAUUUACUUUUGAACCUUCCAGUUCCCCAACCGCUUCGCCGUCCACUGCCGCCGCCGCCGUACCGCCGCCUCAUCUCAAUAAUCCCAGUUCAUCCCGUAGGAGAGAUAAGGCAGAAGUUCAGAGGACUACAAGGGAUAGAGCAAGCAUUGCAGAAUUUACCAGAGAAGUCCAAAAUGGGGAGGAGUCUUCUUCUAAGGAUUCUUCGUUUCUCAGAAUCUUCAGAAAUCCUAACCACCCUUGCAACUAUUUUGACGUAGCAAAACGAGCAGUUCUCAAGUGUUUAGGCUUGGACUCUAGCUCCGAGCCCUCCAGGAGGAGCGAUCAGCAUGAUAAACAAGAGUAACGCAUGUACAUUUUUGGUGAUCAUCCAUAAUGGUGAUAAGAUUAGGAGCAGCACAUAGUUCAGUAGAGGCCCUCCCCACGAACUCGUGAUUAGACAGUGUAUAUAGGCAGCCUCAUUGUACUCAACUGCAACACAAUAUGGUAAUGCUAAACUCCAAUUCUUUUGCAUAUAAUUGAGCAGCAAAAGUCUUCGGUUUUGUUUUGUUGUGCUUGUUGCUGUUCCUUUUGUAGCUAUAGAUAACUACUCUUUUCUUUUC